AUGGCACUUGUGUGGAUCGUCGACUUCACCACUCUAGCUGCACAAGACUCCACCAACAACCCCGAUACUCUGAUACAAAGGCCACAACUACAACGGGAACUUACAAGAUACCUUCAGAGAGAUUCUGAACAUCACCAAGAAGUCAUCAUGCCUUCUAUGUCAACCUAUAUCAAAGCCAUCUCCGGAGGCGCAAUCCUUGUCAUAGGGGGCCCUGCGCUCGUAUGGUAUGUUACACCAACCGAGGAAGAAAUCUUCAAGAGGUAUAGUCCGGAGCUGCAGAAGAAGGCUCUUGCAGGAAGGGAGCAGAGACAGAAGGACUUUGACGCAUUUGUUGGUCAAUUGAAGGAGGCUUCGCGUUCAGACAAACCAAUCUGGGCUGCACAGAAGGAAAUGGAUGCGAAGAGGUCAGAGGCGGAACAGCAGCUCCGCAGAGAGGAACGGGACGCAUAUGCUGCUGAAAGCCGGAGAAGGCAAGCAGAGAUCAGAGAGAGCGCGAAGUAG